CCUUAUAAAGCUCUAUGUUAGUUCUAAUAAACCUCUCAAAUCCAAUUCAUCACAGCGUUGCAAAGAAAGAAAAAGAUGGGCCAAAACACAUCAGCUUCUGGAAAUAAAAAGAGUAAAGAAAUAGAUUCGGUAAUAGAGAAAUGCUACAAAACUUAUUUUAAAGAGGAGAAAGAAUGGUCAUCGGCUAAGUUCUACGGAGCAGUAUGCGAAACCGUCGAACAAAUCAACAAAAAGCUUGGAACCAUGCAAUUAAGUGUGCCAAAGACUACAACGCUCGAGCUUGCCUAUGGGAGAUACAAGGAAGCAGCGGAAAGAGAACUGUCAAAAGAAGAGUUCCAAGAGAUUCUCCAGGAAGUGCUGAUUGAAACAGGAUUUACUGGAAUUGGAGCCAAGGACAUACUGUUCUACCUACUUGGAAUUCCUUUGACUGCGACGAUCAUCAAGAGACAUGCUGCCCCCAAAAUCCAUGACGAUUUAUUUAUCCCUGCUAUCACAUCUGCCACUGUUUUUCUCCUUGCAAAACUUAACAAAAUUUGAGGCUACUCCUCCAAUCAUGACUUCAAUCACUUUGUAUUUAUGAAUUCAAAACUUUGUUUAAUUGGUGCCGCUGGUUCACUGGUUAUGAAGGAUUGAUUUUAUUCAAAGUUACCAAAGAAUGCAUAUUCCUUUCUGAAAAUACAUUGCAAAAAUUGAAGAAUAAAG